AUGGCGUCCACAUCGGAUGGCCUCGACGGCCUUAUUACGACUCCUUUCUCCUCUGCAGCCGACAUGAAGUACCAUUUGCAGACACUCCUCGAUGCGAAAGAGAAGCAACUCCAACAAGCAGGGACGCUUGGCCAGCGUGUCCUGGCACAACAGAUGGAGCUCGAGGAGCGAAUCAGACAGCUCCAAGAACUAGAUGGUGACAAGUUAGACGACGAGCAGAUUGAUGAGGAAGGACGGGAGCGGUAUCGGGAGUUGGCUGAGACGUUGCGAGGCUGGGAUCAAGAGAAUGCUGAGCUCUCGAGUGGCUUUGGGGCUAGGCGGCCUCCCUCACCACCUCCACAACCGUUGGCCCAGUUGGCUGCUGACGCAAGCCGCGCUAACGUCAAGACACCUGGUCCGGCCGCAAGUUCUGCUGCUGCCCAAUCUCGUCGUGCAAAGAAUGCCGCCCAUCGCGCGGACGAUGUCGAGUUUGCCUUCGAGAUUGGUUCGGGCCUUCUUACAGAGGUUCGCCGCUUACAGAGCCUACUGGGUGAGCGGGAUAAGGCGAUUCAAGAUAUGAAAGAGGAGAAGGACGAUCUUGAGAAAACCUUGGAGGGAAUGCGGACAGCGCUGCGGCAACAAGAAGCUAGUGCUGACAAGUACAAGGAGGAAAACUGGAAUCUCGAAGUAACUCUGCAAGAACUCCGGUCGCAGCUCUCUGUCGUAACUUCCGCCGAAGCGGCCUCAGCGCUCAAGGCUGACAGGCUUGCUGCGCAACUGGCAGCUUCCCUUCAGGCAUCGGAAACGGCGAAACAUGAAGCAGAACGGCUUACGGGUGUUCUUGAUGAAAUGAAAGCCAAGCACGAGGCAGAUGUUGCUACUCAUCGCAAAACUGCUGCGGGUCUUGUCCGUGACAAGAGCGACCUCCAAAGCACAGUCGACAAACUCAAGUCGGAGGCAGCUCGUGCGGGUCGUCGUGGGCUGCUUUCCUCACAAUUCGGUUCACCUGUCACGCCGAACGGGGUAAAUGGUGAUUUCCUCACACCUGCAAAUGGGGAUGACGAUCUUUUUGCCACUGGUGGUGCUUCCACUCGCCGGCGCGCUGCAUUUGACGACUACGACAAUGAAGGCGCGCUCGACUCUCCCGAUGCCAGUCCUAUACCUGUCAAGAAUGGCGAAACCGAAGUCGAAUUGCUUAGACAGAAAUUGGCCCAUGCCCAACGCCAGAUAUCGACGCUGAAAAGCACUCUUCAUCGCGAGAAGGAAGGUCGGAGGGGUAGUCCUAUGCCCAGCCCUAUGGCCAGUCGACUUGCUGAUGACUGGAACGACGAACAAGAUGAAGAGGAAGCAGAUGCUACCAUUGCGGAAAAGGACAAGAGCAAUCGACGAUUGACUCCCUUCAAAGUCGGAGGCAGUCGCAACGGCCGUGGCCGCGGCGGAAGGGCAAGAGGUGGAAUGUCUCUUGUUCAACGACUUGGGAUGGCUGCUGCUUCACCAGCCGCGUCGGAAGCCGCGUUUUCUGUUGACUCUGAUGCACCUCCGGUACCCGCAAUGCGCCUCACAGAUGCUGACGAUGAGGAGUCGAUGUUCUUCCAGGGUCACAGUGUCGAUGCUGAUGACCAAGACGAGGAGGAAGAGGUGGAAUUGCCUGAACUGGAUCGCAGGGCAAGUGUGGAUGGCAACGGGAUGGACCCUGCGUUUACAUACGGCACCGAACUUUCACGCACACCAUCAAUUUCCUCCCCUCUCCGCAAUUCAGUGUCACCAGCAUCAAUUCCGCGUGCUAGGCCAAGAAGAGGUCGCGGUCGUGCUUUUGCAAAUGGAACUGGCCGACCAGAUAGCCUCAUCAAGGCGGCUGGUGUUCUUGCUGCUGAAUUGGGCGAGUUUGAAGAACAGGACGAAACGAAGCCCGAUCUUGUCGAAAUUGGCUGCCAGACCGACUUUGAUGAUGUUCCUGUGCGGGAGGUCAUUGUCGAGAAGGAGGUUCCUGUUCCAGUCCCUGUGGAGAAGAUUGUGGAAGUCCCUGUUGAAAAGGUUGUCGAGAAAAUUGUCGAGGUCCCCGUUGAGAAGAUUGUUGAAAAGGUCGUGGAGAAGAGGGUCGAGGUUCCGGUGGAAAAAAUUGUGGAGAAGAUUGUGCAAGUUCCGAUCGAAAAAAUCGUCGAGAAAAGAGUCGAGGUUCCAGUGGAGAAAAUCGUCGAGGUCACAGUGGAAAAAAUCGUCGAAGUCCCGGUCGAGAGGAUCGUCGAAGUCCCUGUGGAGAAAAUCGUCGAGGUUCCGGUUGAGAGAAUUGUCGAAGUUCCAGUCGAGAAAAUCGUGGAAAAGAUUGUUGAGAGGAUUGUGGAGGUUGAGCGGCCGCGGACUGGUGUUGAAGGCACAACACAAACAACACCACAACCUGUGCGAGAGCGUCGAACAACCCUUACUCCUCGCACGGUGGGUCGCCAACCUUCCAGAAAUACUUUCCUCGCCGCGGCUUCUGACGGUGAAGAAACAGAGACCGAGGGUGGCCUUGAGACAGAGACAGAGACUGAAGGCGAAACAGAUAUGGACGACUAUCAUGAUGCGCCUCAAAGUAUCCGUCUUGUUUCUCGCGAAAAUCUCCAUUCACCAACUUCUGCCCGGUCGGCUUCAGCUGCGGAGUUCUCGUCCUCAAGAGAAGAUUUCCACUCGUCGCAUGAAGACUUCCACUCUGUAAUGACGAUGACUGACGGCGGGAGUGAUGCGGAGGAAAGUAUCAAAGCUCCGCAAGGAAUUCGGCCCCGACCUUCAUCCUAUUACGCAAACAGCGCACCCCCGAGGCAGUACUCUGAGCAAGGAACAGACCCCAAAACACCCAUCUUGGAAUCUCCGCCGCCGCCCCCUCCUAUUGUCGUCGAAGAAGCUAUUCAAGCGGACCCACCGCCGAAACCCACAAAGGAAAUGUCAAUUCAAACAGAAGAAUGGGUUCCGCCGCCUCCACCGCCACCGCCGCCGGUAUCGGUACCUUCUUCUCCGACACCAAAUCUCUAUCGCGUUGGCGCCGCCCCAGGGCCAGGGUUCCAGUUUAUUUCGCCAACGCCUUCUGUUACAUCGUCGCCGAUUCCUACGAGGGAACGUGAACCAACUUCCAUGUACAAAGUUCGCGCUGUCCGCAGCUCAAUCGACGACCGUAGGCAGUCGAUUGAUUCUGCCAUUUCAUCGGUCCAUGACGAGCCGCGGUCACGUGUUCCUUCGACAGAUGCGCCCCCGCCUGUUAUCGACAGAUCACGACCACCGACCAUGGCACUACCACCCCCUCCGAGACUUCCACCGCCACCUGGCAGUAUGCCCCCGCCCAACUUUAUCCCUCGUCACGAUAUUCCACCUCCCCGUCCUUCAUCCCCUCCACCGGCAGAACUUAUUCAGCGUGCAACCACGCCCACGUUUGGUUCGGCCCUAAUGCUUCCAGGAAGCGCCGGCAGAAGUAGCUAUGUCCGACAACAUGGAUCGAGUAUGCCGCCAGGUAGCUUACGUCAGCCACCAUCAACAAGCAGUUUCCGUUCCGCAGUGUAUGCCAAUGCACAAAGGAGAGAACAAUCACAAGUCUCCUUGGUGUCUGAACGGAGUGGGCGGUCUUCUAUGUCGUCUGAACACAACCCCUUCUUGUUGACUCGGUCUCAAACUGGCCCCCCCAAUCGGACUGGGUCGACACCCAUGACACCGACCCGCGGUGCAAAUACGACAGCGGAUGCAGAUAAAACUAUCAAUGGGAAUGCUGCUGCUGCGACCGAUCCAACCAUCAUCCAUGCGAUCACUCAAACAAUGAUUGGCGAGUUCCUGUACAAGUACACACGGAAGGCUAUUGGCAAGGGUUAUGGCGAACGACGGCAUAAACGGUUCUUCUGGGUUCAUCCGUAUACCAAAACGCUAUACUGGAGCUCGGCAGACCCAGGAUCGACGAACGUUUCUGAAUCUAGCGCCAAGAGUGCCUACAUCGAGGGUGUUCGGUCUGUACUAGACCCGAAUCCAAUGCCACCUGGUCUGUACCAAUACAGUGUCGUUGUGUCCACGCCACAAAGGGAAAUGAAGAUUACUGCACCAACCAAAGAGAGGCACGAUAUCUGGCUUGACGCCUUAAAAUAUCUUCUUGCUCGACCGAGUGCUCCUGGGGUUUCGACACCCCCAAGCGGUGGUCUACAGGUUCCUCCAAGCCCUAUGUCUGAUUUUACAGAUGACGAGCAACAUGGUGAUCGACGACCAGCUCUCAACACAAGUCCCCAGAGUCAACGCAGUGCCCGAAGUGCCCGUAGAGGGGACACUUGGAAUACCACUCCCCGCGGCCAACGAAGUCGAUCUCAGCUAUCUGUUGGAGGGUCGCUUGGAAAGCGGUCGGGUACACCGGCAAUGGAAUACCUUCGCUGGACUGGAAAUGGACCAGAGAGUCCAUACAGCCCGUCCAAAUCGUUUGUUGAUGUCCCUGGCGCCGGCGACGAAGACGAUCUCGACUUCGAAUUGCACGGUGAUUCGAUGGAAGAUCCCGGGUUUGAGGGCCUCGAGAAUGUCCGUGCGUGCUGUGAUGGGAAGCAUACCGUUGGCCAUCACCACCACCACCACCCACCUGUUGAGCACCUCGAGGGCCAUGACGGGAUGCCUGCCCGGCCUGUGUCCCCGUCCGCCUGGUCGUUCCGGUCACGUGCCGGAAGCACGAAUGAGCGCGAGGGCGGAGGCGGGAUAUUUACCUGGGGCCGGUCGGAGGGCAAGAUGCGCUUUGGCUCGCGGCGGUCGACCAAAACCCAGGCGACGGUUUCAUAG